GCUUUGUUCCAUUGUUGCGGAGUGUGUUUUCCAGCUGGUCUGGCUCACGAGAGGGGGGGGACCCACUAGUAGUGGACACCACUGCACUUUGAAGAUUUUUUUUUUAACCCUUUGCAUUCGGAUCUUAGUUUUCAUUGUUUUAUAUAUAUAAAAAAUGUCUUUUUCUUGCGAUCAGUCUCUGGAUGGCAGCUUUCCUCCUUCCCCAGCGGAGGACGGGGGCUCUCAGAGGCUGUCCUGGGGCAGUCUGCUGCACAGACUGACCGAGCUGAAGGGGAUCAACCAGAGGGUCACAGCAGACCAGUGCUGCAGGAGUGAAAAUGGAUCCGUGGCAGACUUGUCCCUGUCAGACUUGGACAGCAGCUUCCUCUGUUAUCCCCUGGAGGAGACCCUGGCAGCAGACAUUGUGGCCAUCAUUGCACAAAGUCUCAACAAUGCAUCACACAUCCUAGACUGCUCCAAAAUCAUCCUUCCAGACUGUCUCCUGCACAACAUCACUCAAGAGCUGCUCCACUUGGCUGUCAGCGAGCCUUGUGGCCUCAAAGGAGCACUUAUCGACCUGUGUGUGGACAUGGGGGAGCAGGGCUCCUUAUGCACUGUAGACCAAAUAGCAGUGGAUCCCUCUCUGGUUCCAACCUUCCAGGUGACUCUGGUUCUGAGACCCGAGUCCAGUGGAUUGUGGCCAAAGGUUCAGAAGCUCUUUAAGAGUAACAAGUCUCCACAGACAUCUACAACGCCUGUGAGGCACCACAAUACCCUGAAGCUGAGUACGAGCUUCAGGGCUAUCAAGAGGAAACUGUACUGCUCAGGGGAGCUGCUGAUUGAGGAGUGCUGCUGACUAAGAGCUCCUCUCCCUGAUAAGAUGAACUAAAUUCAUGUGAACUGUGAAAAGAGGUUGGUGGGUUAAGAAGUUUUUUCUUUUUGUUAAAAGACACCAAUGUACUUGUCAAACGGCACUGUCAAGAUGCAGUGAAACAACCAUCGUUGUUGAUGUGUAACAUGGUUAUUCCUGGAACCAACUUAUGUCUGAUGGCAGCUACUUACCUGGUUUAGGGUGACCUAACAAAGGCACUAGUUUGAACAUGGGUCUGUUAUUCUAUGAAUGUAAAGCUACAUCUUCAAGGGAAUGGCUUAUGUAUUUGAAAGUCAAAUACUGCCACCUGCUACUUAUGUGUUUUGUAUUUUUUGACAACUUGGGAACAUGAAAGAAUAAAUUAUUUUCUAUGAA